UAUCUCAGCUUAAUAGGCUGCAGUUUAGAAAUAAUAGUGCCAGCUUGCUUUAAAGAGCAGUUGCAAUGAUUAACAUGAUGCAUGUGUACAAAACACCUGAGGAAAUAUAUAAAUUAUAACUGUUAAUAAUGAUAGUAAUGUCUCCUGAGCUUUUCUUCUGCAGCUUUGCAUAUCAAUACACUUCAGUUUUCUGGAAGGAAGUAACCACCAAUAGAUAAUCUGUACUGUGGCAGAACAAUGGCUAAAGUAUUUCCAAAAGAUCCUUAAAGAUCAGUGCCAGUGAUCAUAAAUUGUCAAUGUAUAGGGAUAACUACCCCUCUUGUUUUUCUUUAGGGGAACACCCCUGUGUUACUAAUAUAAUUACCAUAGGUCGUUGUAACCUGGAAUCUGCCACUGUGAAUUCAAAGCAUCAGGUAGCAAACUCUCGUUCUUAUGGCAGAUAUGUAGACCAGGAAACUUGAAGCAAAAUGGAUGCUACUUGUGAGUAGGAUGCUUAAUUGGCCCCAGAAAAAAUGCAGGCCUGGUGUAACCAUUGUCUAUCACUUGAUUCUUACCCUACUUGGUAUUAGCAAAAUCUGCCCUUUUACCUCAGUUUCAAUGCAGCUUUGGAAUCUGUGAAGGCGGGGAGAAAGAGAAGCCUUAAGUUGUGUCAGUCGGUAAAAUUUAUAUUCUGAAAACCAUUGGUCAUCACAAAAACACAGUCAAGUCAGCUAAUAAAUUUGACAGACAGAAAAUCUGAGGAGUAAUGUACCACCCUGCGUGCAGGAUUUCCAAAUAGACCAAUGCAGAUGACCCUACUAAAUUGUGUCCUAAGCUGUGUGGUACAACAGUAACAGCAAAAAGGGUGGCAGCCUUGUGAAGGAAGCAGUGGCGGGUGCAGGAAGCUAGCAGAUGUAAGUCAGGUUAAAGUACACCAGCAGGAGGAUGGCACAGGCUGGCUAAAGGUGAUUAUGACCAUAAAGUACAAAGAGGGCGUUAUUCCCAAUCAAAUGGAUCAAGUUAAUAAGUAAUUCCAGGAAGUUACCAAGGUUCUUAAAAAUGCUAAGUAGACAGAUGAAAAAUACCUCACGGUACGACACAAAGGCCAGCCAAAGACUGGUCCGGCAUCAACAUGAAUAAAAAGAACACCGUUUCACCAAACCGUCCAUCGAGAUGCCCUGAUAAUACUGCAUAUAAACAACAGAGGCUCCCCGCCUGGAAGCCCCAGCUCACCCCAGAGCUCGUCCUCCCCAGUUUCUUUAUCAUUAGCCUCUUCUGCCUUGUGAUGGGAAUUGUACUUCUGUUGGCUGCGACAAGAGUCAAAGAAAUAAAGAUUAAUUAUUCCGAGAUAUGCUCACAUUGUUCAAAGCUGCGUGAAAACUCAUCAAACUGGGAGAAGGAAUGCCUGUGUUUCACCAACUUCACACUUCAGGAAAGCAUGCAGGGUGAUGUCUUCAUGUACUAUGGAUUGCAUAAUUUUUAUCAGAACCAUCGUCGCUAUGUCCUUUCCAGAAGUGAUGCACAACUAUUGGGUCGGAAGGCAAACAUUCAGAAGAGCAAUUGUGCACCUUUUGCAACUUAUGAAAAUGGGACACCUAUAGCUCCAUGUGGUGCAAUUGCAAACAGCAUGUUCAAUGACACAAUACAACUGUUCUACUAUCCUGCUUCUGUAAAGGCUGUCAAAGUCCCACUUCUGAAGCAAGGGAAUGCCUGGUGGACAGAUAAAAAUGUGAAAUUUCACAAUCCAUCUGCACACAACUUGUCUUCUGCAUUUGAUGGCAUGGCAAGACCACCUUACUGGCAAAAACCAGUAUAUUUAUUAGAUGAAGCAAACCAAGAGAACAAUGGCUACACAAAUGAAGACUUUAUCAUCUGGAUGCGUGUAUCAGCCUUUCCUACAUUCAAGAAUCUUUACCGUCGCCUCAGUCGUACCAGGCAGUUUGCAAAUGGGCUCCCAGCAGGGACGUACGGGCUACAAAUAUCCUAUAAUUUCCCAGUUUCAAAGUUCAAAGGAGAAAAGCAGGUGGUCUUUUCAACAGUAACAUGGAGCGGAGGAAGAAACCCUUUUCUGGGAAUAGCUUACACGGUUACUGGUGCAGUGACUCUGCUGGCAAGUUGUAUCCUUACAGUGGCUCACUUGAAAUCCAGGAAAAACCCCAACAGGGGACUAUAGGACGGUUCCCUUUACUUGAUAAAAAUAGUACAAGUGCCCUGCCAAGCCAGAGACCAGAAUUGAGAGAUACCUAAAUUUCCUUCCUGAUUCUCAGCACACCAUCAUCUGCCCUUAAACCAGGACUCCAAAAGACAGUUUUGGAUUUUGGAACCUUGUUUAAAGGCAAAUGGUUUGCUAAAAUCACUCUGCAGAUGGUGCACGGAUGUAGUGGCAAACCAUGGUUUACACAGAACACAGGCGGAAGUUUAGAAACAGUACUAUUCGAAGGAAGGAGUCUGUGAAGUCUCGGCUCAUGCAGCAAUGGGCUGAGUUCCUGUCUGAAUUCAUCUAGUACUUAGUAUAAUGAAUGCUUGGCUAGGAAUUGCGCCAGUACAUUUGGUCUGAUGAAUGUUUACAGCUAGGUUAAAAGUUCACGCUAGUUCUCAGGUAACAGCCAUGUGGAUCCCUGGCCUCUUGCACAUCCUCUGCGGCAGUGACUCUGUUCCCGAAAGUGUUAUAGGCAGAACAGCACAUUGCAAGAAAUGUAGAGUUUAAAAAGGAAGAAACUGUCAGUGUAAGUAGUGUUACACAUGAAUCUGCUCAUUAAAAUGUCUAUUUCCAUUAGUUCAUCUUUCAUAUUGAAAAGCUCUGUACCGAAAUUAUAUACAGCUUUCCCAAAUACUGGCCUCUGAGAGAUUAAAGAGUGAUUUAUUUCGCAGCAUGCAGUGGCAUUUAUACACUUCAGGAGAUAAAGCAAUAAAUGGCACCACAGCCAGCUGCCACCAGGAGGGAAUUUUAAAAAGCGCCAGGCAAUGUCAAGUUAGAAUUAAAGCAAAAAAGUUGCAGUUAAAUCCCUCUUGUAAGAAAUGCUCUGUGGAUUUUAAUGACAAGGAAGUAUUCAUGACAAGGAAGGAGACAUGCUGGGUUUUCUUGGUGCAAAGUUGUGGGGCUUUAGCUCCACAUGCGCUGUGCAUUCUUAGUCUUGUGCUAUAUCAUUCUCAGCAUAGUGGUUAAGAGUGUCAGAGCAGAGCUGCUGGAUCCAUUCUGCCCCAGUAACGUGUCACCCAGUAGCCAGUCAAAUGCUUCCAAGAAGCUCCAUGAAGACAACAGCCCCCCCAACACUAUGCUGUUUGUGAUCAACUCCUGCCCAGAAACCAAUAUCCCCACUGCGGAAGGAUGUGUGGGUCCAGAAUUGGCCUCCACAGUCACUUACGGACUCAUUGUUAAGACCGUGUUCAUGGAAGACAAUCUUACUCGGCUACAAGUGAUCGCCAAAGAAGUUGAUGACUUGCCUAACUAGCAACAGGUAUUUAGAGGAAUACUGCCUCUGAACCUGUGGCUUCUAUUUAGGUGACCAUCACUAUAGACCUAAUCUCAGUAGAUUUAUCAAAAAUGUGACUAUCAGAAUAUAGUGGUACCUGUGGUUAUGAACUUAAUUCAUUCUGAAGGUCCACUCUUAAUCUGAAACCGUUCUUAACCUGA